AUCAAAACAGAAGAGGCGCACUAUGGAAACUGUGGGACAAGGAGAAAGUGUAGUAAAAUGAUAAGUCAUGCUAUUUUAAAAUGUAGGUCGAAGCAAUCUCCAGAUUAGGUAAAGAGAAUUAGCCAGUGAGGUGGCUAAUGAGUGGCUCCAGUCCUCUGUUAUUUUCACUUCCCACGGAGAUGGGUUAAUAGAUUACGUUUUCUGUUGGAGUUGAAAAAAAUAUGCAUGUCUCGCUGCAGGCUUACGAAUGAGUGUCGGUUUUCAGACUUUGUCUAAAAUGUAGGCUAAUGCCAUUUUUACUGUGUCCCCCUUUCACUUUUAUCAGUGUCAGGUGAACCGAGGGGCGUGACGGUUUGGCAUGCGCUCUCUCCCCACCAUUAGUACCUUUGCUCACUCGACCGCUCCCGACUUUUGGCACGGUUUUGUUAAAUACCGUGAAACUUAGGUAAACUUUGUAGCCUGUCUGCAUCUUCAGUUCACCAUGGCUCUCCAAGCCACCGCUCUGGUCACCUCUAAGUGGCUGGCUCAGGCUGUAAAGGUCCAGGGGAAAAUGCGGGUCUUGGACACUUCGUGGUAUUUACCCAAACUGCGGAGAAACGCAAAGAGCGAGUUCAAGAAGAAGCACGUGCCGGGAGCAGCUUUCUUUGACAUUGACCAGUGCUGCGAUAAAACCUCUCCUCUGGACCAUAUGUUGCCGUCAGAGGACUAUUUUGCGGAAUACGUCGGGAAAUUGGGAAUAGAAAACGACACGCACGUCGUGGUCUACGAUGGCAGCGAGUUCGGGGCGUUCUCGGCGCCCCGUGUGUGGUGGAUGUUCCGGGUGUUUGGGCACAGUGCGGUCUCUAUGCUCAAUGGGGGGCUCAGGAACUGGGAGCUGGAGGGUCGACCUGUGAGUGACCGGUACGUCAGACCCACAGCGACCGAGUUCAAAGCCUCUCUGAACCGCUCGUGGAUUAAAACCUACGAGGAUAUCCUGGAUAACCUGGAGACUAAAGAGUUCCAGGUGGUGGAUGCCAGGCCCACAGGCAGGUUCAAAGGACUGGACCCUGAACCCAGAGACAACACAGAGCCGGGCCACAUCCCUGGCUCCAUCAGCAUUCCUUUCCACUCCUUCCUGUCACCUUCUGGUCACUUCCUGCCAAAGGAACAACUCCAGGCUCUGUUCGCCCGUGCUGGUGUGGAUCUCGACCGCCCGCUUUGUGUCUUAUGCGGCUCUGCAGUGACCGCGUGCCACGUGGCGGUGGCGGCCCACGAGUGUGGGCACCCGGGGGUGUCAGUGUACGACGGUGGGUGGUCGGAGUGGUACACCCGCGCCGUGCCCGAGCACGUCAUAUCAGAUGGCAGAGGGAAACAUUUGUGAUAACAGGAAGGACCUGGGACCGAUGGUUUUAGGCUGGAUCACUUGUGCUGUUGUUGCUGUUGUAGUUUGGCCAUUUGGGAUUUGUAUGACUUCCUCCUGUGAAGUCACAGCCAGCAGCAGGUUAGCAAAAUUUCCCAGAAUGUCCAAAAAGCUUCUGUAUUAAUAACACACCACUGGGAAUUUUUUUUUUUUUUUUUUUUUUUUUGAAGUUGUUCAUCUAUUAUAUACUGAUAGAUGAUUUGUAAUUAAAGUUGUUAUUGGCACUCAAAGACACCUACACUUUGUAAUCUUGUCUAAUCUUUGGUAAAAUAAAUAUGAACAUGUUUAUCAGGGCUGUAACUGAUUAAAAAGGACUGAAAAUGGGCAGAAAGCAGAGUCUACUUUGUUAGGCUCUUAGAAUAAUGCAGUUUAAACGAUGGACUUUUGACCUGUUGACUGAUUACAGCCUAAGGAUUGUGAUGUUUUCUUGUUUGUUUUUGUUUUUUUCCCCUUCCAAAAUCAGAUAUCCUCCAAGUGAAACAAGACGUUUGUGUCUAAAGAAAAAAUAAAUUAAUAUAUUAUCAUGAUUGCUACUGUCUCAUCUCAUGUUACACAUUGCCAAUUACUGUACAGCAUUUUAAAAGAUUGUUUUUCUGUGGUGACUUAAAGGGAUUUCAGUGUAAAGUUCAGCAUGAACAGAUAUAAAAUAGUCUUGCAUUCAAUUAAAAGCUAAAGGAAACAUGAAGGUGGCGUCAAAACCCACUUUGCUGUGACGUACUUGGUGAUAGUCACAUGUAUUUUAUUAAUGGCAUUUUUCCACUGCAUAGCAAAAGAGUUGCUGUACAUAAGUUGAAAUGUUAAAGCUGACCUUUGACAGGGAAGUGAGACUCAAAUGUCCUCUCUUCCUCUUUCGCAUUAAAAAAGCCUUUUGCUUUUUCUGAGCAGUGUAGUUGUACGUGUCACCGAGAAGACAAAUUCAUUAUUUGUGCUGUUGCAAUGUGGGAGUAGUCACCCUGUCUCUUAACUGGUGAGUGUGCUGCUAUGAUAAAUGAUUUCUGUUAUCUUGCUGUGAACAUGAGUUCUUUUGGAAAGUUGUUGGUGAUAACUUAGAAUAGCAGCGGAGUCCCAAGAUAAUCUCUUGGUUUGUUUCUCUAUUUUCUCUUGGUUUGUUUUUUUUCUGUCAUAAAUAAUUGAAUUUUUUAACAUUUUAAGUUUAAUUUUAUUUUAUUUCAAAUCACAACCUAAAUUCUAGUUAGACUAAAAACAAAUCAAAAUACCAAUAAGAAGAAAAAGCUCGCUUGUUUUAACACUGAUUAUAUUUUCAGGGCUUCAAUGUGAAGUUGUCGUUGUGAAGUUAAUAUGUAAACCUUUCCACUUUAUAAUUACCAGCAUUAAAUGCCAUUUGAUUUUG